CUUUUAAUUUAUUGUUUUCAGCUAAUAAUGAGUCUUUCGACUAAGCAGAGUGUUAAUAGAGCUAUGAAUCCUUGGGUUCUUCAUCUUCAAAAACUGGGUCUGGAGCUUAAAUGUCCUCUCUGUUUGAAUUUGUUUAAACGGCCAUUGUUGAUGCCGUGCGACCAUCUGUUUUGCGAUUCAUGCAUAGCCCGAACUGAGUUUGGAUCAGAGUGCUCUAUUUGCAAAUCUCAAUGUGCAGAUCGAGGUGCAUUUCAUUUAACUGUUUCUUUGUUUUCCCCCCUUAAAAGUUAUUGGGAGCUCAAUAAGGUUAAUAUUCGAGGUUCUCUCAAUGGAAGACCAGUCACAGGAGAUGAAUCAUUCAGUUCAAAUGUUAUACAUGUUCACAGCUCAUGUAUCGAAUGGACACCUCAAGUGUAUUAUGUUGGUGAUUCUAUUAAGAAUCUUAAGGCAGAACUUGCAAGGGGUGCGAAGUUGAAGUGCAGCAGAUGUGGACUAAAGGGGGCCUGCUAA